AUGCUUAUUGGAUACUGUACAAUCUCCCAAGAUUCACAACAAAUCCCCCUCCUCUCUCUCUCUCUCUCUCUCUCUCUCUCUCUGAGUCUAUCUAUCUCAAAAUCUUUCACGUUUCACAAUAAUCCUCUUUCUCUCUCUCUCUCCCUCUCUCUCUCUCUCUCUCUCUCUCUCUCUGUAUCUAUCUAUCUAUUUUCUAUCUAUCUAUCUCAAAAUCUUUCACGUUUCGCAAUAAUCACAAAACUCUAUCUAUCUAUUCAUCUAUCCCUCUAUCUACUUCAAAAUCUCCCAAGCCUCUCUAUCUCAAUAUCUAUCUAUCUAUCUAUCUAUCUAUCUAUCUAUCUAUCUCAAAAUCUUCUACGUUUCACAAUAAUCCUCUCUAUCUAUCUAUGUAUCUAUCUACCUACCUCAAAAUCUCCCAAGCUUCAAAACAAAUUCCUCUCUCUCUCUAUCUCUCUGUCACUCACUCACUCAAUCUAUCUAUCUAUCUCAAAAUCUUCCAAUUUUCGCUAUAAUCCGUUUUCACUCUCUCUUUAA